CAAAAAACUCAAUGAAACAAAAGGGAGAGAAGGGGGAAAUGUGAGAGCAUGAGAGAGGCGAACCUCCAAUCACAGCGAGAAAAACAAGUCUGUCCGAACCGGGGGCUCCCUCCCCCUCCUCCUCCCUCCGCCCUCCACGGGAAUAUCGCUCCGCUCUCAUAGAGAACAUACCGCCGAGACCAGUCCUCCAUGACAACACACACAUAACCAAAUGGAGCAUAGGAUGAGAGGAUACCUGGACCAGCAAGUGCCCUACACCCUGACUAAUAAUCCUCAGAGACAUGGAGACGUAGACAGAUACUACAUAGGAAGCAAGAGGAAAUUCAUGGAUGCAGAUCUACCGCCGCAAGAAUCCGAAGAUCUCUUCCAGGAUUUAAGCCAAUUCCAGGAAGCCUGGUUAACAGAAGCUCAAGUUCCGGACAGUGACGAGCAGUUUCUGCAGGACCUCCAGUCAGAGAACCUUGCCUUUCACAGUCCACCAGUGAAAAUAAAGAAGGAACAGGCCAGUUGUUCAGAGCCCAGUGGUUCCUGUAGCCAGAAACAACAGUUUGAAUACCGUAAUGGGGAGCAGUGCCUUUAUGCCAGUGUUUAUGACCAAACAUCCAGGCAAGCUGGUAUCAAGUCUCAGAAUCAAGGCGCUCAAGUGUCCCCCAUCCAUCACUUUAAUAGACAGGACCGAGGAUUUGUCCCUCCACAGAGCUCGUCACAGCCCGUUCAGUCUGGAGGAUACCUUGUGGAACAUGGCUCCAGGUACCCACAGCAGCAGAUGCCAGAGAUGUGCCACUCCUUUCCAUCAGCACAGAACAUGAGCAGGGAGUCUCCUGCCAACUACCAGAGGCAAAUGUCAGAGCCAUGUCUCCCAUACCCACAGCAGGGCUUCAAGCAAGAGUAUCAUGACCCCAUGUAUGACCAGGCAAACCAUGCUGGUCCAAGCAGAGCUCAUCGAUAUCCUUCCAGUGUUGUAAUCAAACAGGAACAGACAGACUAUUCGUAUGAUUCGGAUGUUCCUGGGUGUCAGUCAAUGUACAGAAACAUGGAAGGCUACUCAAACAUGGAUGGUUAUGGCUAUGAGAAGCCAAUGAGACCCUUCACCGAUGAUGCCUGCGUUGUGCCAGAAAAGUUUGAAGCAGGUGAUAUCAAACAGGAAGUUGGAGCCUACAGAGAUGGACCACCCUACCAAAGAAGAGGAUCAUUACAAUUGUGGCAGUUCCUGGUGGCUCUUCUGGAUGAUCCUUCCAAUUCCAACUUCAUUGCCUGGACUGGCAGGGGCAUGGAAUUUAAACUGAUAGAGCCAGAAGAGGUCGCCAGACUCUGGGGCAUGCAGAAAAACCGGCCAGCAAUGAAUUACGACAAGUUGAGCCGGUCUCUGAGGUACUACUAUGAAAAAGGAAUCAUGCAGAAAGUUGCUGGCGAGCGUUACGUCUACAAGUUUGUGUGUGAACCUGAGGCUCUGUUUUCUCUGGCUUUUCCUGACAAUCAACGUCCUGCCUUAAAGUCGGAGUUUGACCGACAGGUCAGUGAAGAAGACACAGUCCCCUUGUCGCACCUGGAUGAAGGAGCCAUGUAUCUUCAGGAUGUAGGGACUGUCCCUUCCCAAAAUUACAAAAGUGGCUACAAUUACUAGACUCCGUCACUAUGUAAUCAUGUAUAUAUGGGUACAUUUCGUUAGCAUUCAUAUGAGUGUAGAUGCUUGUUUAUUGUUUUUGUUUUUUUCUUGCAAGAACCUGUUUAACAAAUUGGACUCUAGUUGGUAGUGCAGAAGGCCCAGUGUUUUAAGACCCAGGUUGUAUUUGGGCAUUUAUAAACACUCCUUGGCUGUGGUGCACUUGAGCAUAAGGUUUUAGGUUUCUCGACGCAGCUAAGCUUAUAAAUGGUUGAUUGUUUCAGGGAAUGCAUGUUCUCAGCAUCAAGCAUUGAAGACUUUAUUCUUUCCUUCAGACUUCAUUUUAUUUUCAUUUUUAAAUAAACCUUUUUCAGUGGCAUUUUUUGUAGGAAAGGAUUUUGUUGAGUUAAUUUCAACACAAAGUUCAGUGCAAUAAUCUUGGAAUCUAACAAUGCUAUUUCCUGCCUUUUUGAAAUUAAAACCGUUUGAAGGACGUUUGAUUUUCCUUG